UAAUGAGGGAGUUGAUUUUUCGGAAAAUUCACUAAAACUUUUAUCCUCAAAACAUAUUGUCAGACCACAAACAUCUUUUUCCACUCCACCAGACAAUUCAUACUCAUCGUUUCGACCGAAAAUAAAAUCAAAACCAAAUUGUAUUCAACCACUUCCUGGUAAUUUCUAUUAAUUUAACGUUUGUUCUAAAUUAACCUUUACUAAGAAUUAUUAUCCAACAGUAAUGGAGAGUUGACGGAGUAAGUGUGUAUACCUUAUUUAUAAAAACUGUAAUUCCUUGUUUUCCAAGUUAUCCUCAUCCAUACAAAGCAGAAUUAGAAGCGUUUGCCAAUAGUCUACCUAAUUUGAAUGAAAUGAUGUCGGAAGAUUUUCCAGUGAAACCUUUGGAUUCAUCAUAUCAGUAUGUUGACACACCAGAUACUCUUGAACAAAUGAUGAAAUCCCUUUCCAUGUGUAAAUAUAUUGCUGUUGACUUGGAACAUCAUAGCUAUCGAAGCUUCUUGGGCAUUACAUGUCUAAUACAAAUGAGUACAUUGGAUACUGAUUACAUUAUCGAUGCAUUGGCUUUACGUGAUCAUUUAUCAAUAUUGAAUGAAGUAUUCACUGACCCGAAAAUUGUUAAGGUGUUUCAUGGAUCCGAUUCUGAUUUAAUGUGGUUACAACGAGAUUUCGGUGUGUAUAUGGUCAACUUAUUCGAUACAGGCAUAGCUGCUCGCCUGCUACAAUAUGGCCGUUUCUCACUUAGUUAUCUAUUACAACGAUUUGUUGGCGUAUCUUCGAAUAAGAAAUAUCAACUAGCUGAUUGGCGUAUAAGACCCCUGCCGAAUGAAUUGAUCGAAUAUGCACGAACAGAUACACAUUACCUAUUACAUAUUGCAAGUCGUAUGUGUCGAGAAUUACAAGAUAGAGAUCUAUUGCCAGUUACUAUUGAACGAGCAAGACAAUUAUGCCUUAAAUGUUAUACGAAACCUGUAUUCAAUAGACUCGGUUAUUUGGAUCUUUAUAGACAAACUGGAAGUAGUAGUUUCAGUCAUCGUCAAUUAUAUGCUUUAGAAAAUCUUUAUGCUUUACGUGAUUCGAUAGCUAGACGAGAAGAUGAAAGUCUCCAUUAUGUCCUACCAAAUCAUAUGUUAAAAGUAAUUGCUGAAGUAUUACCACGUGAAAGCUCUGGUAUAUUUGCAUGUUGUAAUCCCAUUCCUCCACUGGUGCGUAAAUAUGUUCACGAUUUGCACAAGAUCAUAGUGGAUGCAAGAAAUUUGCCUGUUACAGAUUUACCUCUCACUUCUGAAGAGCCAGGAUUAUCUUCUACACAACCAAAUUUACAACAAGAAAAUGACAAACGAUCAUCUGUAAAUAUACUAACUCCGCAAAACUUAAAAUAUGCUUUGCCUCAUGAUUAUUCUCGUGAAAUUCAUUUACUUGUAAACAGUCCAGAUUAUAGUGAUGUCACUUGUAUAGAGUUAUCAACUAAUAGGAAAUCUUCAAUGUUGGCAUCAGCCUUACUACCGAAUCAUUGUCUAGCGGGAGUUAAAGUUAAUGAACAACAGGAAAUGAAUGAGACUUCGGAAAACAAACAAUUCAAGGAUAAAUUUCUUGAUCCUAAUCAUUUAUUACUUAUGAAGCUGUUGGAACUACUUAAAUUCCCAUGUUCUCCACUUACAACUGAAUAUAAAUCGUCUGAAGAUACAAAUACCUCUGUUCCAACUGUUGUCUCACAACAAACAAUGUUACAAGAAUCCUCUGAUACGCUAAACACAUCUGAACACCUAAUCAAAGUGGAUGGUGAUACAACUCAAGAUAGUUCGUGUAUGAAUGAUAGUCAAUAUUCUAUUGCUUCUGAUAAUGGAUAUUCCAACAAAGUAAAACGACCACACAACAGUGAAAUCAUUGUUAAAGCAACACCCAACUUCGGUGAUGAUGAAGUGGUUCUUUUAUGUAAUGAAAAAACAAACACCAAGGGUAAAAGACGCAGGAAAACUUAUGAACAACAAAAAUCAACACUGCGACAGGGUAGCAAUUCUAGUCAUCAAAUCAAUCCCAAUAAAAAUAUGGAAAUGGAUGAUGUAUCCAUUUUAAUUAAAUGUGAAUCUAGUCCUGAACAAUUAGAAGAUUCUUCAGCUGACUAUACAUCGUUCUUCAACACACCACCUGUUGAAUCUUCAACAAAUGGUGCUUCAAAGAAGAAAAAGCGACCAGUGAAAAAGUUUAAAGAAUUUCGUGUAAGUCGUCCCAAACAUCAAAAAUAACACUGAACUCACUGCACAAAACAGGCUAAAUUUUCUUUACUCUAUACAAGUGUACAUGCUUUGUUUUUUGUAUAUUUGUUUCAUUUUUCUUCAAAUAAAAAAGAAACUAUAAGAUAUUUUGA